AAAACAGAGUGCAUAACCCCAAAAACAGAGGAGACUCCACCCUCUCCUUACAACUUUUGUACUCAACCCUCUGUUAUGUCCCCUUUUUUCUAUAUUCCCCAACAAAAAAAAAAUCUUAUAAUCUCUCUUAAAUUUUCAAUUUUGACAUGUGUUUCUUUAUAUCUUCUUUUCUUUCUGCAACAAUUUUUUUUCUUCGUCUAGAUUAGUACUUAAAAAUCAUUUAUCGACAAGAUUUUAUAUUGAUUUGGUGGAAUUAUGGGAAGCAAUUGAUACUGGUACGAUAAUGGUCACGGUUUAGAGAGAGUAUGGAUCAUAAAAUAAUUUUCUCCUGGACAACCAUAACUACACUCUCGGCAUUUAUCUUCGAGUUGAAUAUACGAAGCAUAAGGUUUUGGCCUUGACAAAGAAGUAUUCCUUACAGCAUAGGACGCUAAAGCUAUUGUUGAACAUAUCACAGAGCUUGAAUUUCUGAAUUUAAAGGUGAAUUUACUUUAUUUAAUCUUUUUUUUUGUUGCUGAAACUUAACUUAAUUAUUGCAAGACAAUUCCUUUUAAUAUAUAAAAGGCAAGCUAAAGUUAUAAAUUUUGAUCUUAUAAAUUCAACAAACUAUCAAAAUAAGUAAUGUGGGUUAAUUUGUUUAAAUGUAUGCUUUUUGAAAGAAAAAAAGAUGUUAGGUAAAUUAACAUAAAAUGUCAAUUUUAAUCUAUAAAACUUUAAAUAGUAAAUUUAUUACAUUCAUCCUAUCUAAAUUUUGCACUAAACUACAUUAAGUAUUUGUUAUUCUGUAUGUAAUCAUCAAAUAUUGUAUUUCAAGUAUAUUUUGUAUUCUGGUAUAUAUUUUAUGUACUUUUGAAAAAUUCUACAAACAUGUAUCAAUUUUAUAAUGAAAUCAAAGUUAUUGGUUUAUCCCUUUAACAGUUUUGUUUCAAUGCAUGUACUUCUAAUAUCAUGUGCCACUGUUCAUACAAUAUUUUAAAUAUUAUUUACUCUAAUUGAAAAUUUAUGACGAUGAUUAACUAAUUAUGAAAAAAGUGCACAGGUGGUAAUACUAGUAUAAUAAUAACUGCGUAGGGAGACAUUAGGUGUAUCACGCAGGAAAUAACCUCCGCUCAUUGGCCUGGUUAGGCGAUUAGAUUAGAGACGCAACUAUGAAGGGUACACUCGUAAAUCCCGAUCCGAGGAACAUUAUUUGUAGUGAGAAGGGUAGGAUCGUCAUUUCAAGUAUCUUCAGGAAUAAAAUUCAAUUGUUUAAUUCAAUCGUGUAUGGGCUUCGAAUGCUAUAAACCCGUCGCCGUUGCUUGCAACUCCAAAACGUCUCGAAGUCGCUUUGCAUCUUCAAAGCAAUCCUUAAAACUUUUCAUAUCUAUAAACUCUCAAGAGAGUUCGAGAAUUUCUUGUCGGGAGGAAACGUUGUUGCUUCUUAGCUUGACGAAAGGAUUUAAAGGUAAACAUUCGACAUAAUAAUUUCUCAUGGCUUCUCUAAUGCAAUCCGAGCCAGAGAUGGAGAAAAAACCAGUUGGGAUUCGAUUCUUGGAACGAAUCAAAGGGUCAAAGCUCUCUUACAACGCAUAUCAAGCCAUAGUCUUGAUCGUCACGUUCCUCGCUUACGCUAGCUAUCACGCCGCUAGAAAAACAACAAGCAUUGUGAAAAGCGCUCUUGAUCCACAAUCACCAGACACAGGGGUUAACUCACUCCUUUUGAGAUUCACUUCGUUUCGAUCAUUCAGACAAGAACAAGAAAAUGGUGGUUGGGCUCCGUUCAACGGACCAAACGGAACGGUUCUGCUGGGGGAGAUCGACGUUGCGUUUCUUGCUGUUUACGCUUUCGGUAUGUACUUCGCUGGACAUCUGGGAGACAGGAUGAACCUGAGGAUCUUCUUGACCGUUGGGAUGGUCGGAACCGGUUUGUUCACGUCUCUUUUCGGUGUCGGUUACUGGGCGAACGUUCAUAGCUUUUACUAUUUCUUGAUCAUGCAAAUGCUCGCUGGUCUGUUUCAAUCCUCUGGCUGGCCUUCUGUGGUGGCCGUGGUCGGAAACUGGUUUAACAAGAAGAAGAGAGGUUUGAUCAUGGGGAUAUGGAACGCGCAUACUUCCGUCGGCAACAUCACAGGCUCGUUGAUCGCUGCUGCGAUGUUGAGAUAUGGUUGGGGAUGGUCUUUUGUGGUUCCCGGUGUGGUUAUUGCCUUGAUCGGGUUGGUGAACUUCGCUUUCUUGCCUGUGAAUCCGGAGAUGGUUGGAGCUGAGCGAGACGAGGAUGUUGAUUCAUCGAGUGAGAAGAUUGGUGACUCUGUAAGUGUCCCCUUGCUGUUGAGCUCGUCUGAUUCGGAGACCGAUGACAAGAAACGAGCUGUUGGGUUCAUUGAAGCGUGGAGGAUCCCUGGAGUUGCUCCUUUUGCUCUCUGUCUCUUCUUCGCUAAGUUGGUCGCUUACACUUUCCUCUACUGGCUUCCUUUCUACGUUAGCCACACAGCGAUCGAAGGCGAGUAUUUAUCAGACGAAACAGCGGGAAACCUUUCGACAAUGUUCGACGUUGGAGGUGUGGUCGGAGGAAUCAUGGCCGGUUACAUUUCAGACAGGAUAGGAGCAAGAGCGAUUACGGCUGCGAGUUUCAUGUACUGUUCGAUCCCAGCUCUGUUCUUCUACAGGAGCUACGGACAUGUGUCGUUACUAGCCAACGCGUCUCUCAUGUUCUUAACCGGGAUGUUGGUUAACGGACCUUACGCUUUGAUCACUACGGCUGUUUCAGCUGAUCUCGGGACGCACAGCUCCUUGAAAGGAAACUCGAGGGCUUUGGCUACCGUAACGGCUAUAAUCGACGGGACGGGAUCCGUUGGAGCGGCGGUUGGUCCGUUGCUAACGGGUUACAUAUCGUCGAGGAGUAGCUGGACGGCGGUUUUCACCAUGUUGAUGGGAGCUGCGUUUGUGGCGGGACUGUUGUUGACUAGGCUUGUGAUGGCCGAAGUAGCGGCUAAGAUAGCAGAGUCUAGGCCGUCGGAAUCAGAGUGUAGAGCUCCCGUGGACCAUCAGGGUCAUGUGCUAGAUGUGUGAGCAACUUUGAUCGCCAUUUUUAGUUGAGUUCUUGAAGAGGAAAGAUUCGGACCGGAGUUUUAUGUCAAGAUUUGGUCUGUGGGGGAAAUUUGUAAACAUGUAAUCUGUAUUGUGAAUGUACAUAAAUUAAGAUAUGAUAUCGAUCUUUUUGGAUAAAUGUUAAAUUUUAGACUCGAUC